AACUCAUCUUUGGUGCCCAUUUCUACGGGCAUUCUAACUUAUCUAGUUUGUAAUAGUAACGAUUUUUUAAAUAACUGACGUUAGCGCUGCCGUAGGAAUUGUCUAAAAGUGGUUGUGUGUCAGUAACUACAUAUCGAAACUGAUUACUUUUUUGACGGAACAUGGAGGAAUCGAAAACAGAUUCUUCCGUUGGUUUUUCGCCGAAGGAGAUGGAUUCCUUAAUGAAAUACUUCGUCGGAAACAACUGCAAAUAUCGUGAACAAAUUAUCAUCCCCAGAACAGUUGGUCCAAUUCACAUAAAAAGUGUUGAUGAGAAACGAGUAGAAGCAGUUUUUGAAUCAUGUGCUUUCAAGUCACUCGUUGCAAGUGUCAUGGGGUACGGUUUGGGAGCUGCAUUGGGUUUGUUCAGUGCCAGUGUCAGUCCAAAUAUCACAGCACCUGAUGCACCCCAACAGUCAGCAAGAGAAAUCUUCAGGGAUUUAAAAUUCUCUACCCUUAGCUAUGCCAAAAACUUUGCUGUUGUUGGUCUUAUGUUUUCAGCAGUAGAGUGCACCAUUGAAUCUUAUAGAGGAAAAGGAGAUUGGAAAAAUGGAACUUAUGCUGGUGGAAUCACUGGUGGACUGAUUGGUCUCAGAGCUGGACUUAAACCAGGAAUUGUAGGAGCAUUAGGAUUUGCAGCAUUCUCUACUGCAAUAGACUACUAUAUGAGGCACUAAUAAUAUAGAAAUAUAAUUGAAAAUAAAGUGUAUUGGCCAUUUUCAGAAGUUUCACAAUCCA